GAAAUUGGUAAGGAUUCCUCCACUUUGGGUAAUCAAUUGGGACAAGAGAUCAUUCAGUUUGGUCAAGCAGGCGCCCAAAGCAUCUUGAAUUAUGGAGCAUCAGCGGAAAAUGCCUCAUCAGGUUGGCAACUUGGAAUGGAUGGCAAUAUUCUUGGUCACGAAUUGGGAGAAGAGGGCACUUUACUAGGACAAGAGGCUUCCAAUACUGCCAUUAACUUUGGACACCUACUCGCCCAGGAAGCGGCAGCCAGUGCAGAACGUCAAUCUGCCAGCCAAACAACUAAGAUAUCUGUCUCCAAGAGGGAAAUCGUCAGUGGCACUGAAAAUCCUGCGGUUACCUGUGCUUGCACCUGCUACAGUGAUGGAGCUGUUGACAAAGCCGCAGAAAAGGUAGCAGAAUCUGCCGGAAACGCAGCACAUGAUAUGGCCGGCGCUGCUGGAAGUGUGGCCUCGAGUGUGGCUGGUGCCGCUGGAACUGUGGCUCACGAUGCUGCCGGCGCGGCCUCGAGUGUAGCUGGAAGUGCAGCAAAUGCCGCUGGAACUGUUGCUCACGAUGCUGUCGGCGCGGCCUCGAGUGUAGCUGGAAGUGCUGCGAAUGCUGCUGGAAGUGUUGCAAGUGCAGCGGGAGGCGUAGCAGGAAGUGCAGUAAGUGCCGCUGGGACUAUUGCUCACGAUGCUGCCAGUGCGGCCUCGAGUGUCGCAAAUGCUGCUGGAAAUGUGGCUGGAAGUGCAGCAAAAGCCGCUGGAAAUGUGGCUGGAAGUGCAGCAAGUGCCGCUGGAGAUGUUGCAAAUGCAGCUGGAAACGUUGCCGGUGAUGUUGCAAAUGCAGCUGGAAAUAUUGCACAUGAUGCCGGAAAUGUAGCUGGAGACGUUGCAAAUGCAGCAGGAAAUGUUGCCGGUGAUGUUGCAAACGCGGCUGGAAAUGUUGCUGGAGAUGUUGCAAAUGCAGCUGGAAAUAUUUUCCACUCCAUAUUUUAAAGUAAUCUUCUAUAUUUUUACUCAUUUAGGCCAAUAAAUGAACGAGCAAUUAAUAAUGCGGCAUUUUU